AUGAGUGAUUCUUUAAAUGAGAUAAAACACAAUUUUAUUCAUUUCCAUGAUUCAAAUCAUAUGAUAAUGAGUGAAGCUCCAUUUUGUGCAAAUAAUGUAACUCCAAAUAAUUCUGAUUUGGGCCCCCACAAUAUGGAAUUAAACACCACGUUAAGUCAAGUUUCCCAAAAUGAAAUCAAUAUUCAACCAUCUAGUCCUAUAACAACACAGUUGAAUGCCCAGUCGCAGGAUCUGCGCUAUAGGCUCAAAUCAACUGACAACAACAUAAAUGGUAAUUUAAAGCAAACAAAUGAUAAUAUGAGUCAAGGUGAAAUAAAUUUUCUAUUUUGGAAUAUUAACAGAAUUUCCGAUAAGUUAUACGACGGAUGUGAUAUUUAUGAGCUCUUCAGUAAAUAUUCAGUUAUCCUGUUAAGUGAGACAUGGCUGGAUCCAUGUGACAACAUAUCAUUCAAUGGUUAUACUGUACAUAAUCUCGCAAGAAAAACCAAAAACACUAACUCAAAUUUUUAUUCUGGAGGCAUAGCUGUCUUCAUAAAAGAUGACUGUUAUAAUUCAAUUGAAGUGCUAAAACAGACUCAUGAUUUCUUUGUAUGGUUAAGAGUUAAGUCUUCUUUUUAG